GGGCACUAUUGAUUUAAGUGAAACACAUCCUUCGUGCUCAUUCACAGGAACAAUGCAUUACUCUUUUGAUUAUGCACAACAGAUACAUAUACCAAGUAACCCAAUGCAGCCCGGCCCCAUUUAUUUCAAAACGCCCCGUAAAUGUGGAAUUUUCGGUGUAAUAUGCGAAGCCAUUCCGAGGCAAGUCAAUUACCUGAUUGACGAGGCAGUCAGCGUUGGAAAAGGAGCAAAUUCAACAAUAAGCUACGUUCAUCAUUAUUUCGCAAACCACGGUCUCGGAGAAACUAACGUCCAUCUACAUGCGGACAAUUGUUCUGGGCAGAACAAAAAUAACUUCUUUUUGUGGUACUUGGCUUGGAGAGUUAUAAAUGAACUUCACCAGCGCAUUACGUACUCUUUCCUUAUUGCUGGACACACCAAAUUUGCACCUGAUCGCGGCUUUGGUAUCAUUAAGAAGGCUUACAAGGUGAACUUUAUUUCUUCAAUUUAUGAGCUUGCUGCAAUGGUUGAGUCCAAUUCCACCGGAGUAAACAAAGCCCAGUUAGUGGGAACUCAUGACAACACAGUCAUUGUGCCAGUCUAUGACUGGGCAUCGUUUCUUGGUGGUUACUUCAAUAAACUUCCAAACAUUAAGAAGUACCAUCAUUUUCGCUUCUCAAAGGAUGAACCUGGAAGAAUCUACUGCAAAGAAAACAGAUCUACUGCUGAACUGUCAUUCAUGUUGCUGAAAGAUCCAACAAUUGUCCCAGCACCCAGUCUUCCUGCCAAGAUAAACCCAGAAGGCUUAAGCAAUGACAGAAAAAAUUAUUUGUACAGAGAAAUAAGGCAAUUUUGUAAACACGGAACGGAAGAUCUUGUGGCCCCAGCGCCAUAGACUGAUAAUUGUAAUUUAUUUCAAUUUCUACAUCAAGUUAGAUAAAUAAUGGCUUUGAGUAAACGUCGUUUUUUAAAGUUGUAAAAAAAUUAGAACUGGCAACACAUUUUGCAAAACAUUGUUUAGCAUUAUUCCAAAGCGGGUGGCACCACAAAAAUAACAGCAGGCAUCAUUAUUUUAAAAAGCGUUGCAUGGAAGCAUUUGGGAAAACUGCUUUUUUAUCGCGCCGCGCACGCUAAAUCAAAGCAACUUAACAAACAGGUACGCCGUUAUAAAAACGAAAACCUUCAGUAGUAAAGAAUAACUGAAUAAAACACUACCAAAGCAACUUUUUCUUAUGAUUCCUUCAAAAGCGCAUGGCACGACAAAGAAAAACUCGAAAGAAUGCCAUUGUCUUAUUCGUCGCGUCACGCGCGCUAAAUUGAAGUAACUUAAAUUAGUUCGGCGCUUCGCGCUAAAUCAAAGUAACUAUGAAAACGGCUUUUUUGAAAAUGAAAUUCAGUAGUUAAGAGUAACUGAAUUAAAAGUUACCAAAGCAACUUUUUCACUUGAUUCCCUCAAAAGCGCGC